GCAUAACCAUCAACUAACUGUCAAAACAAAACAUAACCUCUAGUUUCAAACACAAAAAUGCUAGAUGAAUCUCUAAAUUUAGCGGCCGAAUUUGAUUCCGAGCUCACUCCUGAUGACCCCACUAAAAAAGACGACGCGGAGGCCCAGACGUCCAAACAGCCCUCCACCAAAACUCACUGUCUUUUAGUAAGCCCCAAGCAGAGAGGGAAUCCUUUAUUAAAAUCGAUUUGUAACGUCCCGUGGGAGUACGAUGACAUAGUGCCCGACUACCAAAUGGGCAAAACUACAUGUGCCUUGUUUCUGUCUUUACGGUAUCACAAUUUAAAUCCGGAUUAUAUCCAUGAGAGACUCAAGCUUCUAGGGAAAAUGUAUGAAUUGAGGAUCCUACUAGUCCAGGUGGAUAUUUCUGACCCUCACCACAUAUUAAAAAACCUCACCAGAAUCUGUAUUUUAGCUGAUUUAACUUUAGUUCUAGCGUGGAGUGCAGAGGAAGCUGGAAAAAUUUUAGAAACAUACAAAAUUUAUGAGAAUAAACCAGCUGAUAAUAUUAUGGAAAGGGGCGAAUCGUCGCCCUACAUCAGGUUAUUACAGGUUUUAACAUCCAUCAAACCUAUUAAUAAAACGGACGCUAUGAAUUUAAUUGCCAAGUUUACUACACUAGAGGGAAUAAUUAAAGCUUCUGAAUCACAAUUAUCAGAGUGUCCAGGUUUAGGACCUGUUAAAGCGAAGAAACUAUACACAACUUUACAUGAGAAGUUUUGUAGGAAUUGAAAAAUAUCUUGUUUAAUAAAGUCAUAUUUAUUUUUA